UGGAUACUAACCCCGACGCAGCUUGGCACCUCAUUCGUCUUCUGAAGCCGAAAAAGUGACAUUGAAUGGGGAUACAGAAUGCCUAGGUAAUUAUACGCUGUGGUUGUGGCUAUUAGGUUAGGUGCGAUUUCAUUGUCCUCAAAACUCCGAGCGCUACGAUGGCCAGAUUCCGCUGCAGGUAGUAACGAGAUCAGUUUAUAAGCCCACGUUUCCUCCAUGAACGAAUAUCUUCUCUACGAAUACUCAAUCACGACACCCAGUCUUCGCAAAACCAUGCCUUUAUACCACAUAGUAUUGUUCCGGUUAAAGCCGUCAACGCCGGUGGAAAGCCUCGAUGAAUUCAAAAGGAGAGCCGCAGCGAUGGUGUCGCAGAUUCCUGGUCUCUUAAAGAUAGACAUUAAUAGUCCAUGGCCCGGCACGGCACAUAGAAGUAGAGGCUACAACAUGGGUGUCGUAGCUGUUCUGGAGAAAGCGGAGGACAUUGUGGGCUACGCAACUCAUCCAGCCCACCUAUAUACCCAGGAACUUCGCACUGAGAUCUGCGAGGAUGACACUCUUGCAUAUGACCUGGAAUUCCCGGCCUGAUGAGUCUAAUUCGAAUAGAUCAGAAGAGUAUGAUAUGCCUACGCUCAGAUUAUCUCAUUAUUCUGCUUCUACAUGUGCAUUCAACCCCACCUGACCGUAGAUACUUGAUGGUCAAAGCAUCUUAGACAUGGAUCAAUAUUAUUGUCCACCUCUCCAAUUGGUUUCG